CGGCUUUCUCGCGUCGGAAAUUGUUGGCAUUAAUAGAAUUGCAUUUUUAUAUCUAAGAGUAUAUUUAAGAUAUGAAAGGUCUAAAAAUUCAAAACGAAGAAAAAAAUAGUACUCCAACAAGACGAGGAGUUAAUAAACUGAUACCCUUGUCUCCUUUGGCUGGACCACUAGGUAUAGUUGUCUGAUUAGCCAGUAGCAAAGAGCAUGAGACAAUGGAAGUAUAACAUAUUUUAAAAGAAAGUUAUGAGGACGCAGAUGUCACCACUACUUCUUUUAAAAAAUCAAAUAAAGAUGGAAGACUAACAUUGUUGUACAUAAGUACAAUAAUUACAGAGAUGACGUUGUUUAGAGUCAAUAGAGAAUAGCAUAAAAUCCAUUAAGGACUGUUUUAAAAAUUUGUCUCGUUAAAUAAUAAAGAAAUUUUAUAUGGGAAAAGAGACAAAUUUCGAUAACUUUACUUAGACGUUACGAUAUACUUCAAGAAUACCAAUUUAGGAACGAAACGACAACGGGAAUAGGACCGAAUAUAAAAAAUCCUUUCUUCAUAAUGUUGUUUGUUUGUAUUUGUUGAUAAUGUUAUUCAAACGAUGUUUCUUUCAAAUUUUAAAACCCACCCAUCCGCUUAACGCCAUUUGGUGGGCAUGGCUAUAAUCCGAAUUCGCCCAUCUACAAUAUUGAUAAGUUUCUAGGAACAUGUGUGCCUCAUUAAGAUAUCUUAAAAUUUCCAGAUGGACUUAUGGACAGACAGACAUGCAUCUGGAUUUGAACGCGUCUCGUCAUCCUAAUCAGUUUGAUAUAUAUAACUCUACAUCAUAUCCAUCACUUAGUUUUAGGUUAGGUUAAACAACGGUCAAGUAUUACACUCUGUGCAGCAUGUUGCGAGAGUUCAAAUAUAAGGCCGAGGACGACUUAGCAAACCAUCCAACACUCUAUUGACCGCUUAAAUAUUCAAAGUACCGCUGUCUUUCUUCAUAAUUUAUAACUGUAUUAAAUUAUGUAGAUAUAUUUAUUGUGAACACCACAAACGCGUAUAUAUGAUAUCAUAUAUACAUAUGUACAUAUGGAUAUGUAAGGACAUAGUAUAUAGACUAGUGGCAUGCACAAGUCAAUUCAUAUAUUUACAAAAGCCAUUCAAGUGUCGCUAACCUCAACUUCCUUCGUAUGACAUACAAAGCAUUGUAUUAGCAAAUCUGUUCUGGUUACCGUUAGCUUUUCGUAGUAAAAGCACACGUUGAAUACAGACAAAGAAAAAUAUUUGUAAACUCUAGUGGAGCUUUCAUUAACACAGCCCAGCUGAUGGCAUUUUGGCGCCAUCAGGUUGCCGCUUCGGCCAUGAGUUCGUUUGCUUCGCAGCAUCCUUCUGCUGUUGUGGCGAGUGAACAACAAAUCAGUCGAAGACAGACAAUUGAAGACACUGGUAGUGUUUAGUGUUUCACGCUCCCUAACUUGAACGGCAGGAGCUCUACGCUUCUCAGUGAUUGAACAAAGUGCGCGUAGCUUUUUUGCUUAGUUGAACAUCGGUCCAACAAAUUGCGCCAAAUAAAAGAUAACCAUAUCCGAUUCACUAAUAAGUUGUGUCAGUCACGCGCGUGUGAUUUUUGCGCCGGAGCACAGAAGCGGUGUGCAUUGUGUGGUGUAAAUAGAAAAGGGAAGUAAAAAAUGCGAAGAUUUUCGGCGCAUCACUCAUACGCAACGCUGUGCCGCGUGCCGUGCGAAGCGUGAGAGCGCACGAUUUGUUUGCUUACCAUGUCCGUCCAAUAAAGACGCCACAAAACAUUUGUCAGCCUUUGGCGCCACACGAAAUCAAGACAGAACACCGGAGGGUCGUGGAGUUAAGGAGGCGAGGAGACACAGCAAUAUUGGAGGCAUCAGCGACCGCAGCAUCACAAGCUAAUUCAAAUUUAAAUACCAGAAGAGGCAACAACAAUUCUGAAGAACUACCAUAAAAGCAAUUAUUAACUACUCAUCUCCGAGUUUGUAGGAAGAUCUCUGCAGAAAUAGCAUCAGCAAGUCGGAAAGUUGAAAACAACAGUGGCGGUAAAAAUAAGGAGGUGCAAACAUUUACAAAGGCCACAGGGUACGAAGCGCUUGACAGCUCUGCAUCAGCGAAAAUUGCCUUCAACAACAUCACUGUUUUCGACUACUUAAAGGCGCAAAACCAUCCUCAGCAUAGUCAGUCUCGUCAAUCACAACGUUAGAACAAAGCCAAUAACAAACGGUACGGCUUUUAUUGCCGGAACGUACUAGUAAACACGUAAACGCUCUUCAUACGCCUGUCAACUGCCACGUUGGCCGACUGUGGAGUCAUAACAGUUAGCUCGCCAGUCCACCAACCUACACAACAUUCACUUGACUGCGUUGGCUUAGCCACGCUACUCGUUUCAUUUCAUUUUUGGCGUAUCAAAUUUUGUCACAAAAUGCCCGUGGGUGGGCGCACAGCUGGCAAAUACGGAUAUUCCGACAGCAGUUACUACAGUGGCCAUUCCUACAAAAGCAUCAACGAUGAAAUCAUAUGGGUGAGCAUCGGCAUGGGCGUCACUAUAAUUGUGCUAAUCACUAUAGCACUGUGCUACAUCGCUUACGAGAAGUGCCACAAGAAACGCGAAUACUACAUUAACGCAUAACGCGGUCGCUUUGAGACAGUGCCAUUUAAUGGCAACUUGCAGCCACUUAUGCGAGCGAACGGCAUGCAGUGUUAUGGGGCGCGCAAUGCAUGCAAUUAAAGCCAAGUUGUAACAACGUGGCCAAAAAUAAUUCACAACGAAAAUGUUAAUGUGGUGUGGAGGUUCCGCCAUUACCGGAAAGAGUAAAAGCAUAAAAGCAAAGCGAGCAUCAUGAGAGAAUUGCGGAAUGAUUAGGCGAAGUGCUAGUGUGAGUAGAGGGGAAAAGUGAUAUUCACAAAGCAUUGCAUGAAAAUUGUUAAAAUAGAGUUGCCAACAGCCGCCAACCACCAACCGUCGACCACGAGUCGCUUUCAGCGGCACUUCGCAUUUCCAAUUAUAUAAGUAUUCACCCACCAACCAACCCAAUAUGUCUGUAUGUAUGGUGCGCACUUCGAAAUGAGCCCAGAAGUGCAAAAACGUGCACAAAAUUACAUUUUAUUCACACAGUUGCAAUGCGAAGGAAGCAUUUGCACUUGCCACCGGAAGUGCAUAGCAACAUUAUCUUAGCAAUUUUCUUUGCACUGCUACUCGUAUUCCGGUCAUCAUGAAUGUGCUGAGAUACUUUCCGCUGGAAAAUGAGCAGCGACGCAAUCCCAGUUGAGUUUAGUUAAAGCGUCGAAUUAGAUGACAAGAGGGCAAGACUCCAACUCAAGCAUUUAAACAUUACACAUCCACACACACACAACCAUAUAUGUAUAUGUACAUACGUAUUUACGUACAUAUAUUCUUCCGUUGCACUAUUGGGUUUGGACAGUAAUCGAGAUGUGUUCACCGAGCGCCAUGAAAGUAUACGAAAGUAUCUAAUAAUCGUGUGUACAUAUACAUAUGUAUAUGAUUUCGUACACAAUGGCAAUUUAGAGAGUGAAAACGGGAGACGACGCUACCUAUGAACACUACACGGUGAGCUAAAGAGGAAAAUAAUAUUCCCACAUUUUAAAAAGCUUUAAAUAAAACUAGGUACGGCCUUUGGAAAGAUUGAAAUUACUUACAAAAUUAAAAAAAUAACGAUGAUAUUUAAAAGAGCUGAAUAUAUUACUUUAAAACUAAAAUAUUACUAAUCGAAUUUGAAUAGGAAAUUAGAAAUAUACAUACACUUACAUACAGGAGUAUAAAAAUUUUAUUAUGUAGUGUAUUAAAUCUCUUAAAAAAUUUUAAAAUAAAAAAAAACCAAAACUAUUUUUAACAAACAAAAGGUAUUUACCAUAUGAAAAUGACAACAAAGAUUUCGGAGAUACCAUGGACAUACAUACAUUGCUACUUAAUGGAUUAAUAAAAUAAGUUUUCAAUAUUCCUUUGUUUUUCAAUAACUAUAACUCAAAAACUUGAACCACAUCCAUGCUCCGAAACCUAACUAUAGACUUUUUGAGGUUAUGUGUGUAUAUUUUUUUAAUUACGCGGUUAAACAGCUUUUAAAUGGUUAUAAAACAUAAAAAAAAAUCAAUUGAAGAUAUAUGAAUAAUUAUAUAUGUACAUGUACAACUUUAUGCUAUGAUAAAAAGAUUUUAAUGUUAAAAACAAUUAAUUUUCAGGAACCAUGUUCCUUCUCUAUAACUUUCAUAUUUUCAUUCUAUACUUGCUCAAGGCAUACAUACAGCGGGUGUUAGACCACGGUUACAAAACCAGAUAGGCAUUCACACUUGACUUUCCAUUUACAGUUAUCAUUCAUUACUUAUUUAAUAUUUAAUAACAAUAAUUGAACCGUAUGCACUCUGCCUUUUUACUACUCUUGCAGAAAACUCUAAUUACCACUGCAAAUUGUUAACUUACUAACUGGUGACAAGUGCAUAGUGUGAAUGCUCAAAAUGUUUAAAACACAAGAUUAAGUAUAUAGUAUGACUAGCUUUACUAAAGUAACAAUAUACCACCAUGGUGUAAGAACCAAAAACCAAAAACAAAUUUUCAAAGUGAUAUUAUAUAUGUAUGCAUUUGGGACAUUUUAACAAGUCUAUACCGUAUAUACUCUUUAACUCAGUUUAAUACUUAGAAAUUGAAUAGCUAAACUUAA